AACUUGAAGCAGUUGACCACCGUCCGGCGUGUUCACAGCACGCAUCCGACGCGACACACUUCCGAACGAACAUUACCGCAUGUCACUGGCAUGUGAGAACAAACCAAUUAAAUUUUAAAAUUACCAAUUAGACGUCUAAAAUUUGUCUAUGGCUUCUAAGCGCGUAAUUCAAAUUUGGAAAGGAAGAAUUUAAAGUGAUGUGUUCUUUAGUUGAGUGAUUUUAUUGUUCGUGUCCUUUCGAAUUGCUUUAUUAAAAAUUGUUUUAAAACGAGUUUCGGUUUAUUGUUCAUUAACUGCUGAUUUACAAAUAUAUUAAUUUUCGGAUUUCCAACAACGUGGCCUAAUUUCGGAUGUUAUUAUGGUGUUCGGGAUAACGGGCGAAAGUGUGUCAAAAUGCUAAUAACUUUUGGGCCUAGGGCCCAUAAACACGUGGAGAAAUGGUGACAUGCGAUAACGAUAGCACGGCGUGUGGCGGGUUCCACCUGGGCGCACGCGACGAUGAGCCGCGUCGCUCCCGCGCGCCUAGCGUCUCCUCACUGUCCCUCUAUAAGCAGAAGAUCGACGCGCUUUUCGACGACAGCCGGUCGGUUGUCAGUCUACCGCAUUAUGGGCUUCAUUUGACAGCGGAAGAGUUGGGAAGGAGAGAUAGUAAGGUCAGUUCAACACAUGAAAGUAAAGCGACGAUUUAUGAAGAUGAUGACGAUUACUGUCAGAAUAAAAUCAACAAAAUCAACAACACGGUGCAAGAACGUAUAGAGAGGAUGUUUGCAGAAAUGGCGGGGGAGUCCAGGCAGUCCACUGAGAAUAUUGGAGUCCAUAUAUUUAGUGUCCAUUACCUUGGCUCGACCCCCCUCCAAAGUAAAGUCACCAGCCUGGCGGGACUCCAAACUCCACUGAAAGAUUUGUACUUUGCGUACAGAAGAAAUUUUCGACAAAAAAGUACUUUAACAGGCCGAUUGGAAAUAUCUAAAAGUGGCCUCAAAGUUAGAUACAAAGGUGAAAAGGGCGAUUUAGAACAAUUGAAUCCCUUUCCAACAAUAGCCGUUUGGUCAGCCGUAAAAUUUGUUGUUCAGCCUUCAGAAACGGAUAACUGUGAACUGAGUUACGCAUUCUUACCAUUAAUAACAGAUCCUGAUAAUAUUGAUAAACCUGCCUUAUUUAAAACGUUAGAUUUAUCUGACAAAAAAUACAUCCUCUCCCACAACGAAAAUUCACAUUCACCACUUUUCGCUGUUGUGAUGAGGAAAAUCGGCGUCGCUAAGCAACUGGAGUGUCAUGGGUUUGUAUGUCAAACGACGGAAGACGCUAUCGUAAUAGCGGCUACCCUAUACAAGUCCCUGAUGUCACACAUGAGUCGGCAGGGCCACAAUGAUAAAAAGAAAUUAAAGAAUCGAAAUGGAGUAAGCUGCAUGAGUGUAGCGAGUAGUUUAUCACCGAACGACAUCCCUGUCAGACCACCUCGCAAAAAACGAAGUACGUCAUCGCUAAGUGGAGACAGUGAUAGGGCAGACGGGUUCUCUGCUAGUGAAUCUUUUAACGAGAAACCUAAAUUAGAGAGGAUUAAGAAAAUAUCAACGGAAAGUAUGCCCCAUCUUCCACCACCUUCAUCUGUCCCUCCUAUAGAAACGAAACGAAUUACGGUUGAAGAAGUAAAAGCUAAAUUAGAUUCCAUAAAACAUAACGAUACCAGCGGUAGCGAUACUCAGGGGUCAAAAAAAUCUGUGGGGAAACGGUCUCUGAAUCCUAAUAUCAGUAAAAUUCAAAAUCUUCAUAAAGCUCAAAAUAGUAAUGGAUCUUCAAUCCGAAGUAAGGUUUCAGAGAAAAUAGAACUUUUUAGAGAAUUAGAAAGACGGAAAAAUAUUCAAAGACCACCGACUGUGCCUCCCCCUGUGCCUUCUAAGCCUCCUUUAGAGACACCGCCAGACCCGCCAAAAGAACCACUGAGAAGAAGUCAGAGCGGAAGAAAAUCACUAAAUGAAUCUGGUGACAUAUUAACUAAAGUAGCUAUACCACGAUCUGGGAGUUUUCUCAAUGCUGGAGGACUCACCAGGUACAAGUCAAUUGGUCAUAGGAAUAAUGGAAAAAAGGGAGGUGGCUCACCUUUAGGGUUCAACGAACUUUUCAAUGAAUUUAAAGUUCAGGAGAACUUGCAUUCGAUGGAUGAAAUUCUUAAUGCCAUAAUAGACGCAGAAGGAAUGUCCUUCAACGAUUUAAAACCAAUAUACAAAGAGUUUCUUUUGAAGUUAGCUGUAACACUGACAAAAGAUGAAAUAUUCCAGCAUAGUAAAGCUAUCAUGAAGAAACAAAAGAAAAAAAUUUUACGAAGAAAUAGUUUAUUCCAAAAUAAAAGAAGGAAAAUGUUUAAAGGAGCCAAUGGUUUACGAAUGGUAUUCCGUAUGCCAUUUGGGAAAGAUAUGAGAAAAAAAGAAAAACAGCAGUCACCUCUUGAUUCAUUAGGUUACGAAAUUGCUAAUACUAAAGAGCCCAUCUCAGAAAGCUCGGUGUCUACUUCUAGUUAUGACUUGAGGCAGUUUCGGCCCAAGGAAUCGGUUUUGCCGCCACCAAAGAGACAAGCUAUAAGACAACGUACGUCUAAGCGAUCUGAAAAAAUGGUUCAUGUAUCCAAACGAAAUGGAAAAGUUUCAAGGCCAGGAGAGAGAACUUCCACAUCUGAGGAUUCUGAUUUUUUAACAUUAAGCAAUCGCCUAGGAUGCCAAAAUCGAAACAGUUCAAGCGGCUAUGUGUCAUGUUCCGAAUGUGAAUCGGAAAGUUGUGUAGACCGCUGUUAUUGUUCGUUAAAAGGUGAUUGUCAAGAUAAAUGCUACUGCUCAGCUGCAGAUAUUAAAAGAGAACCUUCAAAAUCUAAACUAUUAAGUAAAAGUUGUAAGGAUUGCUUAAGGGAGAUGUACGAUGGAGACCUUAGCUAUUGUUCAUGCGAUUCUGAGAGUUGUGCGGAUAGUAACAAGUGCUACUGCGUAGGUCCGAGGCGCACUGUAAUGCAGAGUUCACAAAGUCUAGAGUAUCUGCGUAGCCCAUCGCAGAAGACAUACUCUGAUAGGUUGAAACGCGCAUUUGACGAUUAUGACGGAACUAAGGGUAGCCGAAAUAGAUCUAGCGGUGGUAUGUCGCGCGCGCGGCGUGAGAGUCGCGAAGGGCGCGAAGAGCGAACUCGGCGCGCGCGCAGCUCCGACAGCCUGGCGCUCGACUACGAGCUGCUGCUGCAGAACAAGGCACGCGACACGCGCAGCCGCAACAUGCAGCGGCUCACCGUGAGGAGCACAGGCGCCGGCUCCCACGACGCCCUGAGCGUGAAGAAGUCCGCCGAGAUGGCAGCCCUGUUCGCGGACGUGCGCCUGUCGCAGCGGACGGACGUGCGCUCGCUGGCGGCGGGCGCGCGCCGCCGGCCGUUGCCCCCGCCGCCGGCGCCGCCGCUCGCCAGGAUGUUCGACCACCGCCCGCUCAGCAGGAACGCUAGUCUCGAAGAUACCUUGGGGUAUCUACCUUGAUAACGCAUAGGUGAGCUUUUAACUCUCUCACACACUAUCUUACCACAAAAAAAGUUAAAAUUGUUUUAGACAGGUGUUCAAUACCUGUUUACAUGUCCUACUCCAAAAGCUUGUUUAUGUCUAAACACCAAAACGUAUUAUUAAAAAUAAAAUUUAAUAUAUAAAGUAAUAAAUUUUAUUACAAUAAUUUAUAGUGAUUUUAACACAUACAAUUACAAAUAAACGUUAUUAUUAUUACAUCCACUAAACAAUAUUUAAUACAGAGUUUUGUUAAACUCUGUUCAAAUAAACAGUGUUUUAAUUUUUUUUGUGGUAAGACCAUAAACGGAUUUCGUAUGAUUGAAAUAAGAAAAGUGAUAGCGAUUCAUGUGUAUAACGCAAUGUAGGUAAUUUUCAUUGUUUUAUGUAUGUGAUUCAUUAGAACACGAUAAGAGAAAAGUCCGUCGUCUACGCAUACCCUUAAGUUUACUAUUCUAAAAGCAAUAAAAGUUAUAACAUGUCAUCGAAACAAAUUUGUAUUGGUAUGUAUCUAUGAAAUUAUGUUGAAUAUGUUUUGAAUUAAAAUUUACUCAUAUGAGUUUAGUCCAGACACCUACUUUUUUAUAAAACAGUAAACAUUAGGUUUGUGACGAGCUUAAAAACCUAAUGUUAAUUCGUAACAUAAUUAUGCGCUUUAUUCAAAAAAGUGAAGACCACUAUUUUCAUCUUACCUAUUUACUUGUAUUUUUAUUUGUCAUUUUAUAGAAUUACCCUUCAGUACACUAUAAAGAUUGCAUAUGAAUUCAUUGCAAUUAAUAUUGGAUGCAUUAAGUUCCAUUCAAAAUAUCUUUUGGAUAUUUAUGUAAAUUUAUAAGUAUAAUCUUCAAUAUUUUUUCAUUUUUAUUGGAGCUUUACCGCUGUUAUCAAAUCGAACAAAAAAAAUCAAUUAAAUACCAUUAAAGCGUAUGGUAUAUUAGUUCAAUAACAAUAAAUACAAUUGGAAUACUCAUAGAAAAUGACCAAUAAACAAUACAUUACAUUUUUUUAUAACUUCACAUACAUACAUACAUUAUUAAUAUCGUAGUAUGUUUGGUUAUAGACGUAUACCACCUUAUUAAUAAAAAAUAAGGAUUUUAAGUAUAUCGAUUAUUUGUAAGUAGAUAUAAACUAUGUAUGUAGUUAUUUAUUGACGAAAAUAACAUUUAUUAUACAUAGGUGCAAUAUAUUGAGUCACAUACCUAUAGUUACUUCUAGUUUAUUUUUACUUUACUCAGAUUAAUACUUGUUAGCGCAUUUAAUACUAUGAAACGAUGUUUUAUUUAAAAUGUGUUAUUAAUUUAUGACCUAAAUAAUUAAUUUUAAUAAAUUGUUUAAUUUUGUAAAUUUAAUUCUAAAAUAUUAGGUAUUUGUGGCGGCGUUUUAUUUUAUUGUAGGCUUGUAUUUUGCGUAUUAUUAGUAACAGCAGUACCAAAAGUAUUUUACUAAUUUUCUGUAAUAUAGCGAGUCUGAAAUGUACGCUUCAAUGUAGCGUUAAAUUUGGACCGAGCUCUACAUGUAAAAAAGUGCUUAAAUUAUAUUAAUAUAUUAAAUAUAUUAGACAAUUAGUUUGAUAAUUAUAUGUUUAUAUAAUAAUUAAUUAUUUUACCGUUUAUUGUUGUUUUUUUGGCGGUAUAUGUUACGUAGAUAAGUAUGUACGUACUUUUUAUCGUACGCCUUAUAAAAUUAAAUAGCAAAGAAUCACUUAUGCGUUUUUAAAUAAGGUAAGGCACCAAUAUCACCAACAUCUUCAAGUGACUUGUUUAAAUUUCUUAUUACUAAUAUUCUUUUAUAAAUCAAUUUAUACCCAAGAUUUAGUAACAAGAAGAAUUCAUUGUUUAAUUAAAUAAUAAUUGUGACAAAAUAGGACUUACAUUUGCUACAACUAUGUAGCAAAUGUUGUACAAAAACUAUUUUGUACAACAUAAUACAAUUAAAAUAAUUGAAGUAACAGAAAGGUGAUAAAUUUUGUAUUAUAUUUUUUAACAAUUAUUAAUUCAAAUAUUUUUACAAAAAUAGUAAUAACUAAAACAAAAUGGUAUGAAUUAUAUUUCUUAAUGCUUGGUAUUUGGAAGUGAAAUUGGUGCUUUGUUCAAACAUCGUUUCAUAGUUACAACUAUUAUUUUAGCUAAGCAACUAAUAAUAAGCCUAGCGUAUACUUUGCAUUUCAUUGAUCUUACACUGAACUGUGCAAUUAUUGUGUGCAAUAUUUACAUAAUUACUAACAUCCUAAUGUUAGUUGAUUAGCCAAGUGCAAUAUUAUAUCUGUUGUAAAUAUACCUCUAUUUUUAUUUGACAA